UUGCAACGUCCUGCGCCGCGUUGUUCGCCGGGUCGGUGCCGAGGGCGGACCGCGUCUAAGGAAAAAAUUUGCAAGGGCCUGUUCCACUGACAACAUGGCUUCCAAGUACAUUCUCCCCAACAACCAGCCAUUCUCCAGGCUGGAGUGUGAAGUGGCAUUUAAAGGUCUUUCCAAGAAAGAGCAGCUGUAUGCCCACCACAUUGCACAGGCCUCCUGGAAGGGUGGACUCAUUGUUCUGCUGCAGACAUCGCCUGAGUCACCUCUCAUCUUUGUUCUGCUGCAUCGUGUUUUCCGCCAACAGAGCUGUGAAGAGCUGAAGCAAGUAGCAUUUGACAAGUGCAACUUCUCAGAAGAUGACUGGAAGGCGUUCUUGGUGUACAGUAGCUCCAUCUACUCGGACAUGGGGAACUACCGCGACUUCGGCGACACCAAGAAGGUGCCGGGCCUGGCACAGGAGAAGCUGGCGGCGCUGAUACGCGCCUCGCGAGCCUACGAGCAGGACAGCAAGACCUUGGAGCGCCUGUUGGAUGGCUGUCUGGCGCGACUGUACGUGCUCAACGACAACGUAGCGCAGCUGGGACUCGGCGACAAGGGCAUCACGACGUACUUCUCUGCCAACUGCACAGACGAGGACGCCGAAAAGGCCAAAGAGUACAUGAAGCACAAGGGUAUUGAGCCUUACAACAACCGCCUCUUCAAGACGGUAGUGGACGGCGUCACCCAUUACGAGAUCCGGCUGGCCUCGGUGAUGUCGGACGGUGACGCGGCGGUGACCUCCGGCCCGGAGGAGUACCAGGGCGCCCAGUUCAGCGUGGCACGUGGCGACUACUCCGGCCUGCUCGCCAUGGUGGUGGAGGAGCUCAAGGAGGCCAGGAAGCACGCGGCCAACGCGCACGAGGAGGGCAUGCUGGACGAGUACGUGCGCAGCUUCCAGACGGGCGCGCUGGCGGCGCACAAGGACGGCAGCCGACACUGGAUCAAGAACAAGGGACCCUCCGUCGAGACCUACAUCGGCUUCAUCGAGACGUACCGCGACCCGACGGGCAUGCGCGCCGAGUGGGAGGGCUUCGCCGCCAUGGUGAACGGCCCGAUGAGCGAGAAGUUCGGUCGCCUGGUGGCCGCCGCCGAGAAGAUCCUGCCCCGGCUGCCCUGGCCUGAGGCGUACGAGAAGGACCGCUUCCUGAAGCCGGACUUCACCAGCCUGGACGUGCUGGCGUUCGCCGGCAGCGGCGUGCCCGCCGGCAUCAACAUCCCCAACUACGACGAGAUCCGCCAGGAGGAGGGCUUCAAGAACGUCUCGUUGGGGAACGUGAUCACGGCCGCCUACACGGCCUCGGUGCUGCCGUUCCUCGGGCCCGAGGACGCGGAGCUGAUGCGCCAGUACCGCACGCAGGCGUUCGAGGUCCAGGUGGGGCUGCACGAGCUCUUCGGCCACGGUAGCGGCAAGCUGUUCGCCAAGGACAAGGACGGCAAGCUGAACUUCGACGAGAAGACGGUGAAGCACGCGGAGACGGGCGAGCCGAUUACCAGCUUCUACACGCCGGGCGAGACGUACGACGGCGUGUUCACCGACCUGGGCUCGGCGUACGAGGAGUGCCGCGCCGAGUGUGUCGGCCUCUACCUGUCGCUCGACGACGAAGUCAUGGAGCUGUUCGACUGUCGCGGCGACACGGGCCGGCUCGUGACAUACGUCAACUGGGUGGACAACCUGUGGGACGGGUUCGCCAAGUGUCUGGAGCAGUACGACGCGGCGGCGCGCAAGUUCAUGCAGGCGCACAGCCGGGCGCGGUACGUGAUCCUGCGUGUGCUGCUGGAGCACGGCGACGGCGUGGUGAGCAUCGAGGAGCGGCAGGACGCCGACGGCCGGCCGGAUCUGCUGCUCACAGUCUGCCGCGACAAGAUCCACACCGCUGGCAAGAAGGCCAUCGGCGACUUCCUCACCCGGCUGCAGGUGUACAAAGCGACGGCGGACGUGGCGGCGGCGCGCGCCAUGUUCGACCACUACUCGGAAGUGCCUGACAGCGGACUGCACCCAUUCGCCAAGUGGAUUCCGAUCAUUCUGGAGAAGAAGCAGCCGCGGCGUUUCCUCGUGCAAGCGCACACCGAGCUCAAGGGAGACGACGUGCUGCUGCGCCAAUACGAGUCGACGCCCGAGGGCCUGAUCCAGUCGUUCGUGGACCGCUUCCCGGACCCAGCCAUCGAGGACCGCCUGCUCGAGCUGCACCAGAAGGACGCCAAGCACUUCCCCUGAAGCGGCCGGCCGUCGCCGCCCACCUGUGAUUCUCCGGACCGGUUUAAGGCCUAUUUGAGUCUGGCCGAGUCUGAGACGUCAUGCCAAAUACACGAUUCUCGAGGCA